AUGCUUUCGUGUGCUCAGAAGCGGGAAGAUGGCCUGUCGUUUUUGGAGGGGAAAGGUUUCGUCGGAUUUUGCGAGUAUUGGAUGGCUUUUGCGAAACGGGCUGGAGAUAUCUGUGCCCUUGAGAGGAUUGGACAGCUGAUGCAGCAUGAGCUCCCCAAGCCGUCCUCAAGUAAGAUCGCCCAACUGGUGGGAAGGACGCAAGCACAAGAUGCCGAUAACAUCACCAAAGAGGCUACUCGGAUUUGCGCAGAAUUCGCACAGGUUACGACUUUGCUGGAGCAAAGGCCCGUAGAAGAUGACGUGCUAAUCAAGCAUCUGGAAUCAUGCACCGUCCUGAUAAAGACGUCAACUUGCUUGCAAUCUUUACUAUUUGCGGAAGACCAGGAACUCGCUCGUAUUAGUGGCAAAGUGGAUCGAGCAUUCGAAAGACUCCGUCGAAUGGCCGUCAAGUCUCUCGACUCCCUGUCUACAGAUACCUCUCGGACGGAGGUUCAAGCCUUCGUGUUGUCUUGUGUCGACCUUCUCCAAAAGCUUGCAGUUUCCGCAGCGCGGAAAUCUGACAUCAUCACUCGCGUGUUGGAUUCUCUCUUCGUGCUGGCACGUACUGCUCUCAAUGUUCAGGACCCUAGGACGUAUGUCCCUGCCUUUGAGCAUCUGAGUGGCGCGGUCUCUAUCCUUGAUUCUGUGCCUCAGGAUGCAGACGUAGACCGUGCGAAUUACAUGCGUUGCAUUUCGGGGACAUACUACAACGUUUCAGGAUCACUCUAUCAAGCAACACGAUAUGGUGCUGCAGUCCCAUUUUUACGUGAGGCGUGUCUUCUUGGCGCAAAGGCGUUGUCGAUGAAUGGGCGCGGGAAAGGGAAAGGGAAGGGGAAGGAAGAGGCAACGAAGAGUAAAGUCGAUGGAGAAAUGGAAUGGAAUCAGCUGGAAGAGCAGCUCUACCGUCGCUGGGAGUUGCUCGCUGUUUGUUAUAGUAAGAAUGGGGAUCGCAAGAAUGCCUAUGACGCUUUCCAACGGUGCAUAUGCACAUUUCCGUUUACGUCCUCUGGCUUUGAAGCUCAAAUGGAUGCGAAGAGUGUCGGGGAUAUCUUUGGAGCGUCUGCCAGCUCAUCCGUUAAGCAGUUAAUGGCCACCAUUGACCGAGUCAGUUACAUUGGGGCAUGUGAGCUGCUUCUGCCGCCAGAGGAUGUCUCCCUUCGUUUUCCCCAGCGUUUCGCUGCUUCUCAUGACGGCAACCCUGUGAUGGACCCUGGGGUCGUCGGAGUCCUUCUGGAGCAGCAAAUUGAUGGCCUUCAGCCGAGUCAAUGGAAAGAGGGCGUACGGGGUGUCUUUGUGAAGCUGUUAAGAGAUUCUCUGUACGUUUAUGAUGCGGCCUCGUUCCCUAUCAGGCGAUCCAGAGUUCUGAUAAGGUGUAUGGCCUUUGCAUAUCGGGACUCUGGAGAUGACUGGGCCGUGAUCUUGGGAAAUGUGCAGGAGAUGGGCAGUGAAGUAGAGCGUCUCUUGACGGCUCAGAACUUGGCUCGGGAUGUUGCGUUAGCUCCUUAUCGCCUGCAAUACCGUGCAUCCGCACACCUCUGGCUCGCACUUCAUGCUCAUAAGCGCGCAGACCCGGAGCAAAGUACGGCCAUGGCUCAACAUGCAGAUCAAGCGUGUCAGAUUCUGAAAGACCUCCUCACUCUUGGUCCAGCUGGGAGCCCCAGGGUAGCGAGGAAAGGGCUGAGUCCCAAAGUGAGAAAGGUCUCAUCCUCGUUAACGCAGAUACCAAGAAUUGUGUCCCCCAAAGCUACUAGGGCAACUCGUCAACGCGUACCGGCUGCUCCAAAGAAAGCUGCUCCUGUCAAGAGUAAGUCAAGGGUAGCUGCUCGUCUCCCUGUUACUCCCCAGGUUAAGCCAAGGGCUGCACCUCAACCAGUUUCACUGAAUACUGCGAGAACGCCACCUCGACCCUCUUUGGAUGCUGCUGCGAAGACGAAGUCACUGUUGACUUUUGAUGACUUUGAUCAGUUUUUAGGGCUGCUCCAACUCACGGCUCGCCUUCUUGGUCUCCUUUGCCUGGUAAUUCCAAAAGUCCAUAUAUUGGACCUCACAAGGAAGUUGUGUGAGCGCCACGCUGGCGUGGCGAGCGAUGGAUACAUCUCUGCAUCAAUUGACCUUGCACAUGAGUACGUGAAGAUUGGUAAGAUGAAGAGGGCGGCCAUGAUUUUCAAUCUGGCAUUGGAGGUUGUUAGAAACGGACAAGCCUCGCCGGAGGUAUCCUCCGCCUUCUUGUUACGAUUUGCGGAGUCGUUGGCCUUAAUCGAGGAUGUGUCUCGAAGCUCAAAUGUCUAUAACGAGGCGCUAGUUCAUUCAAGCAGGUUGGAUACGGAGGAGAAAGGAUCGACCACUCUUCAACGGAUCCAUACACGGGUCAAGCGUCUGGAGAGGGCAGCGAUGGCUUCCCAUAUCUUCGGAUUGAUUCAGUAUUGCAAGGAGGACGUUGCUACAUCACUGGAAGGCAUGCUCCAGUCUCUUCGUUUGUGGAAUCGGGCUGUGGACACAUUAGGACGUCUUAACCCUUUCACAAUCACAACCUACGCCGACUCAUACCCUCCGCGAUCAUUCAUUCAUGAUUUGGAGUGGCGGACAGCUGAAGGACUUUUUUCCACUCUUUUCGCGUUGUCCCAGAUGUACUUGAUGCGUGGAUCUCCUCGGGAAGCUGAGUACUUUGCACAGCAGGCUCAGGAUCUCGCCGAAGCACUGAACGUUCCCACUGUUGUUGGCCGUGCGUUGACUCGGAAGGCAGAGGUUCAGCUUCAUCUUGGUCAACUGCAGGAGGCAAAUGCAACACUGGAAAAGGCUGCUGCGUUGCCCUCUCACCUGCCAGGCAUUGAUACUAUUAUCGUUCAUCGGCUCCGGGCGGAAUGUAAUGAGCGAAGCGCUCAGCAUGAGGAUGCGCAAGAACACUAUCUUUCGACAAUGAAAUUGCUGGAGGAACUUGAUGGCGCGUUCCAGCAAUUCGAGACCUUGGCGUUUGGUCCUCGACGAUCACUAGGCACAUCCCCUCGGACAAAGCUUCUCCCUGACACUGUUGCUCCUGAACUCCUGGCAGCCGUUCUUCACCAGCAUAUCUGGUCACGACGCGAUCAGCCAGAUGAAGACCUCAAUAGCCUGCUUGAGAAGUUCUUGUCCCUGCCAUCUUCAUCCCGAAUGAAGGUGAAUGAGAACUCCCUCAUGGGCAAACUAACUCUCUACAACGUCUAUGCUCGCUUCCGUGCUGAUAUGUUCCUAAGUUCCCUCACCGAGUCUACAAUCGCUAUUCCCAUGGGAAUGUCUACUACGCACAAGGUUGCGUUCGCAUUACCUACUCAGGAUGUCCUCAACGCUCUGGAAGAGGCAGAAAAGCUAUUUCAAGCAAACCUGUCACUGACUUCUCGAACUGGUAGUAUCCUCAAGCUUCGGGAUGCUGCGAUUUCUCUCGCACUUAUCAAAGCCUUCCAAACUUCCCUUGGCAGACCAGGAAAUGGCGGCUCGGUGGUCACUGCCACGUUACUGGAUGUUUCAACUGCAAUUACUCUGCGGAGAGAGAUGUUGGAAUCCAUAGAACACAAAUUUUCAGCACUUCACAUGUCCGACGACCUCCAGUGGCCACUUAUCACCUCGGAUGGGACACCUCGUCCUCGGCCAAAGAUAGAACGCCAGGGCAGAUUCAACGUUGAUCUGGAGUCCGAUGAUGAUGCAGAAGACAGCGCCUUGCGAGAAGAUACCUUGAUUCGAGCUUACUGGACCUCCAUUCGAGAAAAAUAUCGCUCACGACGCCUUGACGUUGAGUCACUUUCGACCGCGGAGACGGGGGACCUUCCCGAAAACUGGAUCAUAAUCAACAUCAAUAUCACAGACGAUAAGAGCACGUUGUUCAUCUCACGACGAGAAGGCGGAGUCGAAGGAAGCCAACCACUUGUUUUCUGCGUGCCUUUGAAAGGAAGGAGAGAUAACGGAGAUGACAAUGAGGAAGACCAUUUGGGUUUCGAUGAUGCUAUUGGCGAAUUGCGCGAGAUCGUAAGGUUGAGUGACGAGGGUACCAAGACAGCCGUCAACAUCAAAUCCGAUGACGCAGAGGCUCGCGCGAAUUGGUGGAAGCUACGGGGUGAUCUGGAUACGAGAUUACGCGAGCUUCUUGAAAAUAUCGAGUUUUGCUGGUUGGGAGCGUUCAAGACAAUCCUUAGUCCACGGUCGGACGCAACUCCUGAGAUGAUUUUGGAUCUCCGUGCGCAAUUCGACAAGAUCUUUCAGCGAAGCCUUCAUGUCAAGGACCAGAAAACGAAGCAGCGGGCAGGAAACCACAAGAAAACGACAUCGCAGGCACAGGCACCCAGUCAAUUGACGCUUGACGAUCCGAUUCUCAAGUGUUUCUCCACGUUGUCACCGAAGUGCAAAGAUGAAGAGCUCGAGGAUCUCAUCUACUUCAUCUUGGACCUCUAUUCGUUCCAUGGCGUUCCAGUCGCUAUUGCAGAAGUCGAUAUCGCUCAGCUGGUGGUAGACCUUCGGGCUGUGUUGGAAGAACACGCGGCGAAGCUUCGGCAGCGGAAAAAGACAAUCACGGGCAAGUCGACCACCUCAUUGGCGAAGGACCAGGACGAACACUUGUUCUUGGUCCUCGACAAGAAUGUUCAAGGGAUACCUUGGGAGAGUAUACCGAUCUUGAGGGGGCGAAGUGUCAGUCGAAUCCCCAACAUCGAGUUCUUGUACGACAGGCUUGCGUUUGCGAAGUGGAAAAGACAGGGCGAACCUGGGGAGGACAAACCAAUCACUGGAGCGGUCGUUGAUCCUCGAAAAGGAUACUUUAUCUUGAAUCCCAGUGGCGAUCUAGCUCGAACUGAAGGUCGAUUCCGGGAUUGGGCUCAUGGCAUGAAGAAAGCUGGGUGGGAUGGUGUGAUUGGCCAGGCUGUUAGUGAGCAGCAGUUUGUGAAUGCGCUGAAGACGCAGGACUUGGUUGUUUACUUUGGCCAUGGAGGUGGGGAACAGUACAUCCGAUCCCAUAGGAUUCGCAGCCUUCCGAAAUGCGCUGCAACUAUGCUUUGGGGUUGUUCGUCUGGUGCUCUCCGGGAGUUGGGUGACUUUGAUAGGACGGGAACACCUUAUAACUACAUGCUCGCUGGAUGUCCUACGCUUGUCGCGAAUCUGUGGGACGUCACGGACAAGGACAUUGACAAAUUCUCUCAAUCCAUCUUCGAUAAGCUGGGUUUGACGCCUGCGGAUGUUAGCAAGUGGAAUGAACCCCGCAAGGAAUCCCAUACAUCUCCUUCUGUGUCUUUGGUGGCUUCUGUGGCACAGUCGCGGGAUUCCUGCAAGCUGAAGUACUUGACUGGCGCAGCUCCCGUGGUGUACGGUAUACCAUUUUAUCUUUGA